AGUCUCUCUCUCUCUCUCUCUCAUGGCUCUGGAAGCUUACGCAGUGGGAAACCCUGACAAAAUUCACCACGAUGUCCUCACAAAAGCUAGGGAAGCUUGCUACAAGGCUCGUGAUGCUUUCUACGCGUGCCUCGAGAAGGAAUCUGAUAAGAAGCCCACAGAGAUUGCAUCGGUGGGCUUGUUAUACCCAGUAGAAUGCAAGCGGUGUAGGGAUGAAUAUGUCAAACAAUGUCGAUCUUCUUGGGUGAAGCACUUCGAUAGGCAAUACUGUCAGAACAAGAGGGUUCAGAGACUUUUGGAUGAUAAAGGGUCCAGGAGAGGUCCGUUGUUGCUCCCACAGCCUUACACUUUCAAACCCAAUGCUUAAUUUUUAUCAACUGUUCAUCUAGUAGUGGUAGUUGGUCAUGCUCAUUUCCCUGAUACGUUGUGCAUGAUUUUUAUUUUUAUUUUUCCUGUACAUUCAUGGUGUGGUAAAGGAUUUCUAUACAUAAAAAAUAUUUGUGUUUAGUGUUAGUCACUCUAUCUGUCUACGUUGAAUUCUAACUGUCGAUGUUUGGUUGAAUGAUUUUUAUUUUGAAUUCAAACAACAAUUAGAAUAUCUGUCUCUAGGGGUUACAUCUAUAAGUCUAAGUGUCAAGUGCACUUGAGUGGAGAAUACCCUCAUUAGGUUGAGUUUAUUCAUGUUGGCAGGGGUGUAAACUAGGAAGAUUGUCUUGGCCCCUGUCGAAGAUGGAACAUCACAUGAUGGUUUUUCUAUGAGUGGAUGUGGAAUGAAGUUCUUGAAUGGUUUUCAUGUUUUGCAGUAUUUUUGGUUCUUGAGCGAUGGUUUAGCUCUUGUUGCUAGGACUAUAAUUAUUGGUUUGGACCUGACGGCAUGUAUUUGUUGCUUCAACUCUCAAGACUUUGACUAUUCAUAAUGUAAUAGUACACACUUCCACAAUUUUAUAGUUUCCUCAACUCUGCACGGUUUGUGUUGUAAAGUCUCGUGGCUACCAAAUAUUGGGAAUCUAUGCAUUAUUCGAAAGGAAUUGAAAUGACACAUCAGGUUAUUCGUUU